AUGCCCCCGCAGUCCCAAGUAACAUAUCUCUAUGAUCUGACCGAAGUUCCUGCCGGCUGGCCGCUGGAGACCGUCAUCGACACCUUCGUCCACUUGGCUGCCUAUACAAACCAUGGUCGAGCAGAUCGAGCUCGUGACGCGGUGAGCCGCCGGCUGGUGGAGCUCUGGGCCUCACGGCCGGAGGAGGCGCAGGCCUGGCUUAUGAAGUGGGAGCGCUUUGCGAAGGGACAGCUCAGCCAGGCGCUGCUCCGGCACGGGGCGGCUGAGCGGGGCAAGUACGGGAAGACCACGUGGCGCUUCUCGGAGGCGGGGCUGCUUCGAGGAGAGCCGGGUGACUCAGCGGAGGAGCACGAGCACCAUGCGGCUUGGUACCUGCAGCAGCCCCACAUUCACGCUCGCUGCCGGGAGCUUGCGGAGCGGCUCGAGGCGGCAGACGGCCCGGAGAUGAAUAGCAAGCGGCAGAAGCUCGAGGAGGAGACUUCCUUGCGCCGUCGCCUUGAAGCGGAGCUCCAAAAGUCGCAGGAGGAGGGCCGACAGGUCAGCAAUCGCCUGGCUGCGGCUGAGGUGCAGGUGUCCAGCAAGGCCACGGAGCUGCAAGCUGCGCAGAGUGAGAGCGCCAAGUGCAAGGAGCAAUGUGAAGAGCUCGCAAACCGCACCGCAGCUGCAGAGUCCGCGGCGGCGGAGAUGCGGCAGCAGCUCCGGCAGUUGCAAGAAAAGCAUAGCAAGUGCCAGGAGCGCUGCGAGGAGCUCUUGGCCCGUUUGGAGGCAGAAGCAGUUGAGCAUGCCAGCUCACAGGAGCGUCUCUCGCAAGCCGAGUCCGAUGCUGCCGGAAAGGAGGUGGAGCUCCGGCGGCUGCAGGAGGAGAGCCGUGGGUUUCGGGAGCGCUGCCAGCUCGCGGAGGCGCGCUUCGCUGAGGCCGGGAGCCAGGCCGAGCUGCAGCUCGAGAACGCAGUGCUCCAGAAGCAGCUGGAAAAGGCAGAGGCUGAGAGAGCGGGGAUGCUCGGGCAGCUUCUAGACGUGCGGGAAGAGAGGGGCAUGUACAAGGAGCGCAUCCGUCAGCUCGAGCACCAGCUUUGUGCAAAGAAACAAGUGCAAGGGUCCCAUCAGUUGAGCGGCGCCAGGUCUGGUCACACCCUGCAUUGCGAAGCUCCCGUCGACGAAGCCUCCAACAACCAGGAACCGGAUCUUGCCGAGCAGCUGGGGGACGACGAUGGCACAGCCUCUUCGGUCUUGAGCCACUCCUCCUGGUUCUCUUUGAAGCCGGACUCCAUGAAACCCCAGUGCUUCAUGGUCGAUGCCAUCUUCAAGACGCGCAGCUUCGGGGCGGACUUCUUCUUGAUGGGGCGAGACCUCAAGAAAGGGUCGCAGGUGGUGGCCGGAGAUGAUGCAGCUAUCCUGGAGGUGGCCAAGAAGCCGGAGAUCUGCGACGCCAGCGAGGUCGUGGAGUUGCAGGCCGGCAUUGCAACUUUGCGGGUGACUCCGGACCACUUGGUGCAGGUCGCCGAUGCGAAGGGCGAGGUGGAAGAGAGCCUCUACGUUGAGGCUGGCAAGCUGAAGGCCGGCGACCUGGUGAUGCUCGACUCAGGCGAGGGGUUGGCUAUGCCCUUGGUAAAAGGCGACGCGGCGGCCCUUACCAGCGUCACCAUUCGGCCGCUGGCCUGCCAGGUGAUGAAGAUCGUCUUUGAGCCCUACCUGCCC